CUAUGUUUUACUGCAAACGUUAGAUAAUUGUUCUGGAUGUUGGAAAUGGAUUAUGUAGGUUUGCUUUUUUUUCUGGAAAUCAUUUGGAAUUUUUGUGUUUUGAAUUUAAAGGUUCGAAGCUUGUGAUUUAAACUUAAAGACUCCCGCAAGACGUAAAAUUUUUGCAUUUCGGAUGCUGGGUUUAGUAGCGUAGUCAUCAGAUCCACAAGUCCAAUGAACUUUUUGACAAAUACGAGCUUAUGGUCUCUUUUUGUGGAAUGGGUCAUUUCCUUCCUUUGUCGGUAAUCUUCUUCUGUUGUUAUCGACAUUUCUUACAGUCUUUGGUAAUUGUAUUGAAGGUACUUUUAAUGAUAGACUUAACAACAAGCACAUGUUUCAUGUAUCACUAGGCCACCGAAUUUGGCUAAAGAUUGUGAACCUGCACAAGGCGAUGCUUUGAUGAUGUGUGACAUUGAUGAUGAGUCUGAAAAUUUCAAAUAUGAACUUUUGGCUUAGGGAUCCUGAAAAAGUAUCAGAGGGCGCAUUUGUAUUAGAAACAGCUUAUUUUGCGUCAGAAGUGGUAGUGGGCUUAGCAUAUGAAUAAAGUAUAGAUUUGAGAUUUUAUAGUUUGUUAAGGUACCCCAAUAUGUAGAUGAGAUUGCUGAAAAAUGGUUGCUGAGGAAAUGCUUAGUCAUCCCAUUAUGCCUACGUCAUUACGUAUGUUAAAGCAAGUGUUCUGAGCUUUAUUGAUUGUGUAAACAACUGAUUGCCAUUUGCUGCAUUUUCUCAAUAUAAAUUGAUUAAUUUCAUUGAAUUUAGAACAUCCGUCUUUGGAUUGUAGCUGAGAUAUCUUUUUCCUGUUACUUGUGAAGGAUGAUGUGAGAUCUAUUUUUUGAGUUUUAUUAGUAGAUUAUCUUUUGGAAUGUCCAUUGUCGUGUGUAGUUAGAUACAGUAGAUUUUAAGGCUCACCAUCGUGGACUUCAGGAUUGAUAUUGAAAUUCCUAAAUCAGUGUAAUUAGUUUGCAGAGAAGCCCUGUAAACAAAUGUUUGAUAAGUCAAAGGAAAUGUGUUCAUCAAAUCAUGUGUCUUGAGCUGCCAAACCAUAUUAGAUCGUGUUGUUUCUCAUUGUCAAAAGUGGAGCAAAGAUGAUCUUGAAGGCAUUAGUUGCUAGGAUAAAGUUCUCUAAGGGUGAUCUAGUAAUCAUUAAUUCGGGAUUAUACCUGGCUUUAUCCAGAGUUAUCAAUUUUCAAAUUGGAUAAUGUUCAUGCUACAGAAUCAAUACACAAAGAUAACUGUAGGGAUUUUGAUAGAAAGGUAGCCUUACAAUGAUAAUAACAAAGAUAACUGCAGGAGUAACAAAGAAGCUAAUGUUCAUGCCAGAAGUCCCCGAGGCCUUAUUGAUAGAUAGAAGGCAACCUUACAUUCAUGGAAAUCUUAUUGAUUGCAGAUCAACUAACUAAACUUUGAUUCUAGGAUGCAGGUUAAGCUAAUGAGGAGAUGAAUUUAAUGGCGACGAGUACAGCAUUUUCUGCUGCCAGCGAUCCAAAAAUUGAAGCUUCAUUGGACCAGGAAAAGCCUCCACCAGCCUGAUCAGAGAGAAGCCUGAAGGCUAUGAAAGGGACCUAUUGCUGAAGGCAUACAAGUGCUGCAGCUGCACUCUCCAUGUCAAUUGGAGUAACACCAAACUUGGAUCUCAGGAACUCUGUAAGCUGCAUGAUCCACAAAUGUGUUGGCACUGCACCAAACUUGUAGUGUUAAUGCACUGUGGUAGCUUCAUGCCCUGAUAUUGUUCAUCAUGUCAAUUUUGGAACACAAUUAUUGCCGAGAAAUAUUGCAACUAUGAAGAACUAGUAUUUUGUGUUAUCAGCUGAAAUGAAAAGUCAGCACUCGUGAAUCUAGCAUAUGAACAUGGAUGCAUCAGCUCUAAUUUCUUGGAGAGUUCAUAGUAAUGCUUGUCAACAGAAACCCAGAAAGCAUGCUGUCUAGUUUCUGGAACUCCAUUGACUGGAAAUGUCUCUUCUGGCUGGUACCAGACACUGUUCAAGGGUGGUGUUGAGUGGUGAAGUGAUGGAAAGCAGAAACUACACACAGAAGCUGGUCUUAGGAAGUGAGAGAUAUGGGUCCUGUAGGAGGAGAAAGAAGAACUCAGACAAGCCAAAGCAUCCUCAAAGAGGCCCUGGUGUGGCUCAAUUAGAGAAGAUCAUAUUACAGAAUCAAAUGAUAGCAAUAGCAACCUGCCUCUCUCAAUUUGACUGUGAUCUCCACAAGCUGCAUAUUGCUAGAGUACAGAUGCGAUAUGCAUCAUCUCCCUCUUCAACUACUACUGCCUCAUCAUCAUCAUCAUCAUCACCGUUUGAGCUUCACCAGAGUAUCAUGAUAGAGGCUUUGGAGACACAGCAGAAAUGGACAUCAAACAAAGUGCAUUCAGUUCUGGUGCCACAGCAAGAUGCAAUUGGUGUUCCUCUUCUCAUCAAGCAGUGCAACCUACUGCAGCACUGCCUCCCUUAGAACAAAGCAUGCAGAAGACGAACAGACUUCACGAGGACCAGGCCUUGCAAGAACUCGACUUGGAGCUUAGAUUGUGACUGUGAGAGGUUCUGGGUGGUUCGGUGUUUGAAUAAAUUGUUUCUCUCAGGAAAAAAGAUUGGAAUAGGAUGUUUCAUAGAUGUCAAAGAUACAAAUGGUUGAUUGUAACCUGCAGAAACUGCAUCUUGAGUUGAACCAUUGUGAAAUAUAAGCAGUUAAAGACCGCA